CACAACUACCAAUUAAUCAAGCAUGAACUUCUCCUUCUUCUCGUCCUCGUCGUCUUCCUCGGGGAAGAAGUCGUCCGCCAGCAAGCAGCGCCGGCAGCAGCAGCCGCCGGAGGAGAGUGGCAACAACACGACGCCUAGGUACCUGGGCGUGCGGCGUCGGCCGUGGGGGCGGUACGCGGCGGAGAUCCGCGACCCGGCGACCAAGGAGCGGCACUGGCUGGGCACCUUCGACACGGCGGAGGAGGCGGCCAUCGCCUACGACCGCGCCGCGCGCGCCAUCCGCGGCGCCAGCGCGCGCACCAACUUCGCCUUCCCCGACCUGCCCCCCGGCUCCUCCGUCACGCCCUACCUCUCCCCCGACAUCCCCGCCGACCAGCUCCAGCAGCACCACUUCUACGGCGGCAACGCCGACGUCCCCGCGUUGCCGUUGCCAGCGCCGUCGGGUUAUCAAAUUCAGGGCGCCGCGGGUGACGUCCAUGGCCACCACCUCGGGAAUAAUAACGAGUCCUCCUACCACAUGCCCGCGGCCAUGUCCUACGGCGGCAGCGGUAAUGCUAAUGCCGAGGUGGAUAUGUACGCGGGCGGGGGCGGCGAUGGGACAUGGUGCGAGGCGUCGGAGCUGGACUUGGGUGGGUCGUACGACGAGUCCAACGGGGUGUACUUCGAGGACGGGUACGUGCAUAGCCCCAUGUUCUCGCCGAUGCCGGCCGCCGACGAGGCCGUCGACGCCUUCCAGCUCGGCGGGUCUUCGUCUUCGUAUUACUACUGA